AUGAAGCCUAAUCGGUGGGGAAAUAUGCUUCCUCCACCGAUCUUCUCUCUCUUUUUCCGUUUCAUAUACCUUUCCCCCCUCCUCUGCUUCCCCUUACGCCAUGCUCAGUUCCUGCCAGAAAUGAGAGCAGGACAAGGUCUGCUUCUCUUCACCCAGCCCGCAUAUAACGCUACUAUCUUUGAAAACUCUGCUGCAAGAACAUAUGCCAGGAGCCUGAUCAAAAUGGGCAUCGUUAUUGGGCCACCUCGGUCUUUAGACAUAAAAUACUCCAUUGAGUCGGGAGACAACGAGGGAAUCUUUCAGACUGAGGCAUUUUUAAUUGGAGAUUUUUGUUUCCUUCGUGUACGUACGAACGGGGGCAGUGGGGCCAUUUUGAAUCGGGAAGUACAGGACAAUUACACGGUGACUGUCAAGGCAUCUGCCCAAGGCGGCCUAGAGGCCUUAGCUUCUGUUUAUAUCAAGGUCUUGGAUACCAAUGAUCUCAGACCUCUCUUUUCCCCAACCUCAUAUUCAUUCGUUGUCCCCGAAAGUGCCCCUUUGGGUGCCAGCAUUGGACGUGUAACUGCCACAGAUGCUGACAUGGGCUCCAAUGGAGAGUUCUACUACUUCUUCAAGAACAGAGUUGACCUCUUUGCCGUACACCCAACCAGUGGGAUCAUAACCCUAACAGGUCAGCCCAGAAUAGACAAACAAGACACAUUUGAGUUGGAGGUACAGGUGGUUGACAGAGGCAUGAAACUCUAUGGGAACAAUGGUAUCAGCAGUACUGCCAAGCUCUUCUUAAGUGUGGGGCGAGUGAAUGAAUUUGCCCCUGUUAUCAGUGCAGUUGCGAUCCUUCCAUCAUGGCUGGACAAGGACCCGAUCUAUGCCAUAGUGACUGUGGAGGACAAAGACGAUGGGGUAUCAGGGGAUGUAGAGUGGGUAUCCAUCAUUGAGGGUGACCCCUUUGAACAGUUUGUGGUGGAUCGAUCACCUGUCGGGAAUGAAUACAGGGUUAAAUCAUCAGACACAGUCGACUGGGAUUCAUUCCCUUAUGGCUGCAAUUUAACCUUCCAGGCCAAAGACAGGGGUACACCUCCUAAGUUCUCUAAUACACAAGUUGUUCAGUUGUUAGUCACUAAACCAGAGCCUGUGUUGGCGAAUUUUGAGAAGGAUGUUUAUGUAGUCAAGCUGAGUGAAAUAGCUCCCCCAGGCACUAUUGUAGAGGUGGUGAAAAUCUCCCCAGCUCCUCUGAGUGUCAAUUACAGCUUCAGCAGCCUCUCAGAUCCAAUGUACUUUGAUAUAAACCCUUUGACUGGAGUUAUUAUGACCACGAGGCAGCUGACAAGGAUAUCACAGGAUUUCAUGGAGAUGGAGGUGGUUGAUAUUUAUAGUCAGAAGCAAGCAAGGGUCCAAAUCACCAUAGAGGAUGCUAAUGAUAACUCUCCCCUGUUUAACAGGCCAUUCUACGACGUCGCGGUCAACGAAAGCUUACCUGUAGGAACUGUUGUUCUUGUGGUGUCAGCGGUGGAUGAUGAUAAGGGGGAGAAUGGAUAUGUCACCCUCACAAUAAGUGGUGAAAAGUCUCUUCCUUUUAGCAUAGAUCAGGACACAGGGGAGGUGAGGAUAACAAGAGAUCUCGACUUUGAGUCUUCAGAGGAUGUCUAUACUUUUGCCGUACGGGCCUCUGACUGGGGUUCACCCUACAGAAGGGAGAGUGAAGUUAAUGUCACAAUUCGUCUCAUAAAUAUCAAUGACAACCAGCCUCUUUUUGAGAGUGUUUCUUGCAGGGGGAUGAUAAGCCGGGAAUUCCCGAUCAGGGAGACUAUUGUCACCCUAUCAGCUGUAGACAUGGAUGAGCUAGGAAUGGUAAAGUACAAAAUACUAUCCGGGAAUGAGUUGGAUUAUUUUGACUUGAACCCAGACUCUGGGGCCUUGUUGUUAAAAAGAUCUUUAGCAGUGGAUAAUUUAAAAAGUGGGGUCUUCAACUUGAAAAUUGUUGCAACAGAUGGAGAGAUGUUCUCUGAUCCCACUUUCGUGAACGUAUCUGUGGUGAGGGGUAGGAUGCCAGCCAAGGGGUUCAACUGCAGGGAGACCAGGGUAGCCCAGUUGCUGGCUGAAAAAAUGCUCGCCAAAGUGUCCGCAAUGUCUAGACCGAGAACAGAUGAGACGUAUGUAGACGUUUUCUCCAUGAACAAACAGGCUCCACAGUUUGAAGCCUUGCCCACUAGUAUUUUAGUGAGAGAAGACCUCGCUGCUGACGCCAGUGUAUUUCAAGUGAGAGCCCGAGAUGGUGACACUGGCUUCAACGGCCGUGUUCUCUUUUCCAUAUCCGAUGGUAACAAGGAUAACUGCUUUAAAAUCAACAUGGAGAAUGGGCUGAUUACUGUAUUGCAGUCCCUGGACCGCGAGAGAGCGGAUCGUUACUUCCUUAAUAUCACCAUCUACGAUCAGGGCAUUCCUCAGAUGUCCAAUUGGAGAUUACUGACCGUGAUAAUAGAGGAUGCAAAUGACAAUGACCCCCAGUUCUAUGAGGACAAUCCCUCAGCUCUUGUUCCAGAAAAUUCAGCCAUUGGCAUGGAAGUUAUAACCAUGACUGCAUUUGACAGAGACAGUGGUCAAAAUGGACAGCUCACCUAUGUCAUGCUGACCAGUGUCCCCCAGUUUGGCAUUGACAGCGAAACAGGGAGUGUAUUUGUUGCGAGCCACUUGGACAGAGAAACCUUCCCAAUGUUCGUACUGAAGAUUGAAGUGAGAGACAAGGCCGAGAGAGGCACUCGAAGAUCUUCAGUGACUACCCUUACUAUAAUAGUGGAGGAUGUCAAUGAUUGCGCCCCAGUUUUCAUCCCAAGCAGCUAUAGUGCUCGGGUGCUUGAGGAUCUCCCGCCAGGGGCUGUGAUUACGUGGGUGCAGGCUCAAGACCCAGACAUUGGCCCUGGGGGACAGGUCCGAUACUCCUUGCUUAAUGACUUCAAUGGCACAUUUGAGGUCGAUUCUAUGAGUGGAGUGUUGAGGAUAAGGAAAGAGUUGGACUUUGAAAAACAACAGUUUUUCAACCUGACAAUGCUCGCCGAAGACAGGGGAAUACCCAGCCUCAUCAGUCAGACGUACGUGGAGGUGGAGGUGGUGGAUGUCAAUGAGAAUUUGUAUGCACCCUACUUCUCCGACUUUGCUGUGAGAGGCUCAGUGAAAGAGAACUCUCGUGCAGGCACAAGUGUCCUGACAGUGAGCGCAAAGGACGACGACAAGGGACGUGAUGGCGUCCUGAGGUACUCUGUCAGAGGAGGCAGCGGACUGGGCACUUUCACCAUUGAUGAAGACACAGGGGUGAUUUACACUGCUGGUAUCCUGGACUGUGAGACCAAAGACUCCUAUUGGCUUACAGUUUAUGCCACAGACAGAGGGGUCACACCCUUGUCAGCUUCUGUUGAAGUCUUCAUACAGGUAGAAGACGUAAACGACAAUGCUCCUCUCACCUCGGAUCCAAUCUACCACCCAGUCGUCAUGGAGAACUCUCCGAAGGAUGUGUCAGUCAUCCGUAUCCAGGCGCAGGACCCUGACCUCACCGCCACGCCCAGCCGGCUGAGUUAUCGCAUCAGUGCUGGCAACCCGCAGAAUUUCUUCUCUAUCAACCCCAAAACAGGCCUGAUCACAACAACUGCGAGGAAACUGGACCGAGAACAACAGGCUGAGCACUUUUUAGAGGUAACAGUCAUAGACGGCCCAGUAACCACCCGCCAGUCCACCGUGUGGGUAAUAGUUCACAUCGAGGAUGAGAACGACAACGCACCCACCUUCCCUGAGGUCACAUACCGCAUCAGCCUGACCGAACGAGACCGCAACAAGCGUGGGGAACCAGUCUAUCGUGUCUUCGCUUAUGACCGGGACCUCGGUGCAAAUGGUAACAUCACCUACAGCAUCAUUGAUGGAAAUGAGGAUGAUAAGUUCAGUAUCGACCCCAGAACGGCUAUGGUGUCAUCAAAGAAGAUGGUGACAGCAGGAAGCUAUGAUAUCCUCACUAUUAAAGCCGAGGACAGCGGGGAUCCUCCCUUAUGGUCGACUGUCAAACUCCACGUAGAGUGGAUUCGCAAACCUGUCCCCUCGCCCGUGCCCCUCCAAUUCACCCAGAGGUACUACAACUUCUCUAUCCUGGAGACGGCUGCUGUAGCUCAGCCAGUGGGAGUAGUCGCUGUCAGCCAGUCGAGUACACCUCUUUGGUUCAACAUCAUCGGAGGACGGCUCGCCAGAGAAACGUUCUACAUCCCCCAGAAUGCAUGUGGAAGGAACUGCUCACUGGACACAGGGAGCUUUGACAUGCAGUUUGACCUUCAAGUCGGGGUGGGGACUCUAGUUGUAGCCAAGCCUCUGGAUGCAGAGGUGCAGUCCGUCUACAACAUGACCAUACAGGUGACAGAUGGGACCAACUUCGCCACGGCACAGGUGUUCAUUCGAAUACAAGACAGCAACGACAAUCCUCCCAUCUUUUCCCAGCCAGCCUAUGAUGUCAGCAUCUCUGAGGAUGUACCGGUUGAUAUGGAGCUUGUGCGGGUUAGAGCCACAGACGUGGAUGAACGUUCCCGUCUGAGCUUCUCCAUCUACGGCAGUGUGGACCCAGCUAGUAUGAGACUGUUCAGGGUCAAUCCCGGCACGGGAGUCGUCUACACUGCAGACAGGCUGGACUACGAGGCCAGAACACAGCACAUCAUCACUAUUAUGGUCAAGGAUCAAGAGUUUCCAUUUAACCGUGACCUGGCUCGUAUCCUUGUAGCGGUGGAGGACUCCAAUGACAACAUCCCCUACUUCACCAGCACUGUAUAUGACGCUGUGGCAUAUGAGUCUUCCCCUAUAGACACUUCUGUACUGCAAGUGACAGCCUUAGACAAAGACAAUGGGAUUAAUGGAAAACUCACCUAUAGUAUCGAAGCAGGUAACAGCGGUGGUGUGUUUGGCAUUGAUAAUACCACGGGGCUUAUCUACAUUGCCAAGGACUUGGACACCAACUCUCUAGGCUUUUACACACUCACCGUGCGUGUCACAGACAGUGGAUUUCCUCCGUUAAUGGCAACAGCUACAGCACGCAUAUCCUUGAUCCUCUCCGACUUCUCCAAACCCAAAUUCUCUCAGAAGGAGUAUCAGGCAGAGAUUAUGGAGAACAGCACUAUAGGAACACAUGUGACCACUGUUAGUGCUCUCAGCCGCUCCGCACUCUUUUAUGAUAUCACCAGGGGCAACGAGGAGCACAGCUUCUUCAUCAACCAUCACACUGGUGUAAUCAGUACCCGUAAACCACUUGACUUUGAGCAAACAUCCUCCUACCUCCUGGUGGUGCAUGCUCUGAGCAUGGCUGGAGAGGAGGCAAGCACUACUGUUAUCAUUCAGGUGGGGGAUGUCAAUGAUUGCCCCCCUAUCUUCCAACAAAUCAGGUAUGUGGGAGCAAUCAGUGAGGCUGCUCCAGUGAACAGUGUGGUCAUGGGAGAGGAUGGUUACCCUCUUGUCAUACAGGCCACUGACAGGGAUCGCAAUCACAACGCCUUGCUAGAGUUCCAGAUAUUAGAUGAGACUGCUCGUAUCUUUUUCAGCGUAGACUCUGGGACAGGAUCGAUAAGAACGAUUGCAAGUCUGGACUAUGAGACUUUCUCUGAGUUUGUCUUCCGAGUUCACGUUCGAGACAGCGGUCAGCCUCCAAAGAGUGCUGACAGCCCAGCAGAGGUGGUUAUAAAGGUGAUCAACAUCAAUGACUCGCCUCCAAAGUUAUUACAGGAUACCUACGAGACAAUACUCCUCCUGCCGACCUACGUGGGAGUGGAGGUCCUGAAGGUUGAGGCUUUCGACCCUGACAUGACUUCCGACCUCACCCUGAACCCGGACAUAUCCAUCACGCCCCAGCUGGUAUAUUCUCUGGUGGACAGCAAUGUGGAGUACUUCUCUGUGGAGCGCUACACUGGAGUAGUAACUGUCAUUAAUGAGAACCUCAGUAAAGACCGGUACCGCUUCAAUGUGAAGGUUUGGGAUGGCCGUUUCUCCAGCACGGCGUCGGUCAUUGUGCUUGUAAGAGAAGCCGUUGACAGUGGCCUUCUCUUCACCUUCCCCUUCUACUCCGCCUCCAUCCAAGAGAACGUGCCAAAUGUCACUCUAGUAACUGUUGUAAAUACAGUCGGCCACCGCCUCAACGAGCCGCUGAAGUACACUCUGCUGAACCCCGGCGGGCGCUUCACGAUCCGGCCGACCUGUGGAGUGGUGCUCACCACUGGUGUGCCUUUUGACCGAGAGGAGAAGAGUAGUUAUGAGCUUGUGGUGGAGGUCAGCAGAGAGGAUGAGAUACUCAGGGUGGCUAGAGUGAAUGUGCAAGUUCAGGUGGAAGACGUUAAUGACAAUGCUCCAGAGUUUGUGAACCUCCCAUACUAUGCUUUAGUGCAAGUGGAGGCAGAGCCGGGAUCAGCCAUUUUCACUGCUUCAGCGAUUGACAGAGAUUACGGCCUGAAUGGUGAAGUGACUUACAGCCUUAAGGAGCAGCACAGAAACUUUCAGGUGAACCCAGUGACAGGAGCGCUGACCCUAAAGAGGGCCUUUGAGGCGGACUUAUCUAACGCAGAGUACAAGGUGUUCCUUGUGGCCACUGACGGAGGCUAUCCUUCUCUAUCCAGCGAGGUGGAGCUGCCUGUCACUGUAGUAAAUAAAGCCAUGCCUGUGUUUGACAAGCCCUUCUAUGGAGUCACCGUCAGAGAGGAUGUGUCCGUCUCCACCUCUGUACUGUGCAUCAACGCCACCAGUCCUGAAGGCCAGAGCAUCAUCUUCACCAUCUCAGACGGAGACCCCUCCCUCCAGUUUGACAUCGGCUUCGACUCAGGAAUCAUCAAUGUGAUUUACCCAUUAGACUACGAGACCACGCAGUAUUACCGCCUCACAGUGAAGGCUACAGACACACUGACGGGGGCCAAGUCCGAGGUUGAUGUUGACAUCGUCGUGUUGGAUGUGAAUGAUAACGCGCCGCUGUUUCAGAACACCUCAUACUCCUCUGUGGUCGCUGAGAACUCCAUGAUUGGAACCACAGUGUUACAGGUGUUUGCCCAGGACCAAGACUCAGAGAAGAACGCUAUAGUGAAUUACCAGAUCCUAUCUGACCUCUACAACAGCUCCGACUACUUCCUCAUCGACAGCACAAGCGGGCUGGUAUUCACCGCCCGCCUGCUCGACUAUGAGCUCACCCAGCGUUACAACUUCAUUGUACGAGCGACGGACAGUGGAGACCCGGCCCUCAGCAGUGAUGUCAGUGUCACUGUUUUUGUCACCGACAUGAACGACAACCCACCCAAUUUCAGCCAAACACUGUACGAGGCCUUUGUCAGCGAGCUGGCUCCCCGAGGACACUUUGUGACUUGUGUUCAAGCGUCGGAUGCUGACAUCUGUGAUGCUCAGAGGCUGAGGUACAGUCUCGUCUCUGGGAAUGACAGAAUGACUUUUAUGCUGGAGCCUGAUACAGGGGUGCUCAGCUUGUCUAACAAGAGGAGACAAGGCAUGAAACUCUCCUAUCAGCUCAAUGUGUCUGUGUCAGAUGGAGUCUUCACCAACACUGCUCAGGUGAUUGUACGUGUGCUGGGAGCUAAUCUGUACAGCCCAGUGUUCAGCCAGAGGUUCUACCUGGCUGAGGUCAGGGAAAAUGCCCCUCCAGGGUCAAUGGUCAUUCAGGUUCGUGCUACAGACGAGGACUCUGGACUGUUUGGUCAGAUCACUUACUCGUUCAUCAAUGAUCUGGGCAAAACUCAGUUCACCAUUGAUGCAGAUGGAGUCAUAUCCACUCUUCGGAAAUUAGACAGAGAGAAUCCUGUUAACAAGGACAUGGUUCUGACUGUUAUGGCCCUGGAUGGUGGAGGCCGUGCAUCUUUUUGCACAGUGCGAGUGGUUCUUGCCGAUGAGAACGACAACGCCCCUCGUUUCAGAGCUGUGGAGUACCGCAUGAGCAUCAAAGCAAAUGUUGCCAAAGGUUCUCUGGUCACACAGAUCCAAGCCACUGACCCUGACGCUGGGUCUAAUGGGAGGAUCACCUAUUCCCUUUACAGCGAGGCUCGUCUGUCACUGGUUGAUGUGCUGGAGGUGGAACCAGACAGCGGUUGGAUGAUGACUAAAAGCACUGUGGACCACCUCCAGGGGACUGUGCUGUCCUUCUUCGUCAAAGCAACAGACUGCGGUUCUCCAGCAAAACACUCACUGGUGUCGGCCUUCAUCCACGUCGUCCCACCAGACGCAUUCGUUCCCUCCUUCAGCCAGCCUCAGUACUCCUUCACCAUCCCAGAGGACACAACAGUAGGAACAGCCCUGGGGUCCGUGUACAUGGGCCCCGGGCAGACCGGCUUCUUUAACACAAUUGCAGGAGAGACUGUCGACAGCAACCAGGGUGGGACCUUCCUGGUGGAGAGGGAUUCAGGUCUGAUUCGUCUGAUAAAGCCACUGGACUACGAACAGGUCAGCAUCUACCGCUUCAAAAUUGCCGCGACAACAAGAAGAGACCUGAUCGAGUCCGUCUCCACCGUAGACCUGGAGGUUAAGAUCCUAGAUGUGAAUGACAACAAGCCAGUGUUUGAGACGAACACUUAUGUUGCCACAGUGAUGGAGGGGAUGCCUGUGGGGACAAGAGUGGUCCAAGUGCGUGCACUUGAUCCAGACUGGGGCUCUAAUGGACAGGUUACGUACAGCCUCAAGCCUCUGCUCACUUACAACAUGGACCUGACUAAAGAUACUCGCUCGCUCCCCCUCACCGGCCCAAUCACUACGGGUUCUUUUUUCGCCAUAGACAGUAAAACAGGCUGGAUUACCACAGUGAGCCAGAUGGACCACGAGAUCUGCUCCAGCUUCAGCUUUGAAGUAGUGGCCUCUGAUCUGGGGGAAUCUCAGUCCCUCUCCUCUACCGCAGUGGUAACCAUCACAGUGUCGGACGUUAACGACAACCCACCAAGGUUUGAAAGGGACCUGUACCGAGGCUCGGUGAAGGAGAGCGAUCCCCUGGGUGAGGUGGUAGCUGUGCUGAAAACCAAAGAUCAAGAUGGCACUGAUCAAAACCGCCUCAUCAGUUUUUACAUCACCGGGGGAAACCCGCGGGGUGUGUUCGGCCUGGCCCUCGUGCAGGGAGAGUGGAAGGUCUAUGUGAGCGGACUCCUGGAUCGUGAGCAGCAGGACUGGUAUUUGCUAAACAUCACAGCCAGCGAUGGCCUGUAUGUCGCUCGCACCGCAGUGGAGGUUACCGUCAUGGAUGCCAACGACAACAGUCCCAUCUGUAACCAGGCGGUGUACAGCGUCUCUUUUCCUGAGGACAUUCCCGUUAACAAGGGCAUCGUGACGGUGGCGGCUACAGAUGCUGACUCAGGCUCCAGUGCUGAAAUCCAAUAUUCACUCUUUGGGAUUGGGGUCGAAGAUUUCUACAUGGAUGCAAACACUGGUGAGCUGCGCACAGCCACAGCCAUGGACCGAGAAAUGACACCCAGCUACAAACUCAUUGCCCAGGCAACUGAUGGAGGAGGGCUGUUCUGCCGCUCUGACAUUUCUCUCAAAGUGUUGGAUGUGAAUGAUAAUGCCCCCACUUUCUCCUCGCCCUAUUACCUGGCUAGUGUGUAUGAAAAUGCUGCCCCCAAGGCUUUGCUUACCCGGCUGCAGGCCAGCGACCCUGAUGAAGGUCUGAACCGUACGGUGAUCUAUUCUCUGGUGAAUUCAGUCGGUGAGUUCUUCUCCAUCGACCCGGUGUCUGGGAUGGUAAUUCUGGAGAGACCUCUGGACAGAGAGAGCCAAGACUCUUAUCGUGUUCGUGUCCAGGCAACAGACCAAGCUGGCCAACAGGGGGCACUGUCCUCACAGGUUGAUUUAACCAUUUUGGUGCUGGAUGUGAAUGACAACGAUCCCGUCUUCCAAAGGAGGGACUAUGGAGUUACUGUCCCUGAGGAUGUAGCCGUGGGAACAGAUGUCCUGCGCGUUUUGGCGACGAGUGCUGACAUUGGCCCGAAUGCUGAGAUCAUCUACAGCAUCCGUUCAGGAAACGAGUUAGGAAAGUUCUCUAUAGACGUCAAUACGGGCUCUAUUUCUGUGGCUGAUGAUUUGGACUUUGAAGUGUGUAAGGAUUACUACCUCACCGUUGAAGCCUGGGACAACGGGGAUCCUCCUCUCAGCACUGCUACAAUGGUAACCAUUGAACUCAUGGAUGUCAACGACAAUGCCCCUGCCUUCAAUCAGGACAUCUACAACGUUCUGGUCAGCGAGGAUGCGUCUGUAGGGCAGUCGAUUACGAGGGUAUUGGCCGAAGACUUGGACAGCCAGGUGAACGGACGAAUCACCUACUCUAUCCUGAAUGGUGACCGCAGCAACCACUUCUGGAUCGACCCUUUAACGGGGGUGCUCAAAGUCAACAAGAGGCUAGACAGAGAACUAGUAUCCAGGUACUCUCUGUCAGUGCAGGCGUUUGACAGUGGCUCUCCCGCCAUGUCUUCCACUGUCACCCUUAACAUCGACAUCUCUGACGUAAACGACAACCCUCCUGUUUUCACACCUCCUAACUCCACAGCCAUCAUACAGCUUAAUCAGGCUGCUGACAUCACCCUGCUGAAGCUGUCAGUCAGUGACAAAGACUCCCCCAGAAAUGGCCCUCCCUUUGAGUUUCGUAUUGUGUCAGGAAAUGAGGGGAAUUUCUUCUCCCUGGACCAGACUGGAACUCUGAAGUCCAACUGUGCAUUUGGCCCUGAUGCCCCCAGAGAGUUCACACUUGAAAUCCAGGCAGGUGACUCUGGUAAACCUCGCCUCAUCUCUUCGUCCUGGAUAUUCCUGAGAGUCAUCGGGAACAGUCAGUAUAAACCUGUUGUCUCCCCCUUGGAAAUCUUUAUCGUCAUGGUAACAGAUACCUUCUCCGGUGGCCCUAUUGGUCGGAUCUAUGCAACCGACCGUGACCCAAAUGAUGUGCUGUCGUUUACCCAGAAGCCUCAGCCAAAGAGCAUGUUUAAGAUUAACAGACAGGAUGGCAGCAUUGUGGCUCUAGCAGGUCUUGAACCUGGCAGGUACCAGAUGAACGCCACUGUGAGUGAUGGACGCUUCGCUGUGAUAGCUGACGUCUCAGUCCAGGUGGAACAGGUGACAGAUGUGCUCCUGCGUAGCGCGCUGAACUUACGCUUCAGCUCACUGUCCCCGGAGGACUUACUGGGUCGCUACCUGAACCAAAUCAAACUAAUGUUACGGGGGAUAGCUGGCUGGAAAUGGUCGCCAGGACAACAGGAUCCCCUCCACAUAGUCAGUGUGCAGCCAGUGACAGGGACAUCAGGUGUGGACUUGCUGCUGGCAAUGGAGAGGCCAGAGACAUCAGGGAGUAGACGCAUGGGAGGGUUCUACUCCAGGACAGAGUUCUCUGCCAAGCUGGACGAAGCAGGAGAUCGCGGUCAGAUUCGAGGCGUUCUAGCUGGGGCGGUGGUGGUGAGCAACGUUUGUUCUGGGCAGCUGGAUUGCGGGGAGCGGGUGUGUGAGCAGACACUGUUGAUGGAGAGCGGCUCACGUGUCUCCUACAACACAGAGCGGGUCAGCUUGGUGACACCAAGGUUCAGCCGAACAGAGACCUGCACCUGCCCUGGAGGAAUAUGCCCCACUCCUAUGGAGCUUUGUGAGGGUCAGUCCUGCCCAGCAGACAUGCAGUGUGUCCGUUCUGGUCCAACAGCGCCAUCUGUCUGCCAGUGUAGGACUGAGAAACGUGACGAGUGUGCAGGACAGACCUCUCUGAGUUUCUCUGGGAACAGUUAUAUAAAGUACAGAGUGACAGAGAGUGGCCAGAGCGGAGAGAUGAAGCUUGGCCUUAGAAUCAGAACACUUCAGAGAAGAGGAGUCAUUAUGUUCACACGUGUAAACCCCUGUACCAUGCUCAAGAUUGAAAGUGGUCGGCUCUGGUUCCAGCUGGACUGUGACAACACCCUCGGCAUUAUGGGAAUCUCUGGUAGACCAAUAAAUGACGGUCUCUGGCAUGCUGUUGCCUUGGAGCUGACUAGGAACUACACCCUUCUGUCACUGGAUGACAGCUAUGUGGAGCGCCGCCGAGCAGCCCGGGCCCCUGUUCGACUUUGGCCUCUGGCCCCCGAUUCAUCCUUUUUCUUCGGCGCCCAAGUGAGGCCACUUAACGGGCAAAUCGAGAGACCGAGCCCUGGGCCAGGGCAGAGUCUGGGAGGGCCAGAAGUAGGGGACCGAGGAGGGCGGGCGCCACCAAGAGCCCAGGACGGCUUUCAGGGCUGUCUGAGCUCACUAAUGCUGAAUGGCAACGAGCUGCCACUUCAGAAUAAGAGAAGCCGAUACGCAGAGAUAGCUGGGCUGAACGAGGUCAAACUGGGCUGCGUGCUUUAUCCAGAUCCAUGUGUCAGUCAGCCGUGCCUCAACGGAGCCGUCUGCAGCAGUGUGCCCUCUGGAGGCUUCAUCUGCAGUUGCAGUGCUGGCUUCACUGGGGGGCGCUGUGAAAUGGCAUUGACAUCCUGCAUUCCAAACCCAUGCCAGAAUGGAGGGGACUGUAAGCCUGCAGGCAGUGUGUUCCUCUGUGGCUGUCCCAGAGGACUUGGUGGACUUAUAUGUGACGAGGAUGUGAAUGAGUGCGAGCAGGACGGCUGCAGAAACGGAGGAGAGUGUGUCAACACAUUUGGGUCGUUCUACUGUAACUGCUCCGAGGGAUACGAGGGCCAGAUUUGUGAUGAUCUGACACCUGGUAAUCUGGGAGAUGACAUGCAGGCAGAGCCGCUGUCUUACAUCGGACCAGGAGAGAUAAUUGGCAUUGGCGUCCUCGCCUUUGUCAUCCUCCUCCUACUGAUACUCUUCAUGGCCUUUAGAAAGAAAAUCAAAUUUAGGAAGGAUUCUGACCCAGGACCGGGGACUGUAAUGGGUGUGUCAGCUAUUUCUACAGAAACCAGCUACAUGCUGCACAAAACUGGCGUGGGCGCAGAAGGGAUUGAGUUUAAAGCAGUGCGUGUGUCAGGUUCACCGGGGGCCACCAGCACGUAUGGGGAGAUCGGAGGCUGCACUGGGGGCCCUCCCCAGGUCAUGGUACGUCCAACUACCCACUCCCCUUUACCAGGAGGACUCAUCAACCACGGCCUGAGGAGCGGAGACGGUGAUAAGACGACCUCCAGUGAGAGCAGUCAGUUCAGCAGCUUCCUGUCAGACCUGUCUACUGUCCGAGGUAUGGCCAAUAGGAGGGGUGUUGCAGUGUGCAGUGUGGCACCCAAUCUCCCUCUGGCAUCGGCCUGCCACACAGAGCACAGUCCGGCCCACAAAGUGUCCUGGGAUGGCGAGGAAACUAGGGACGGGGGGUUGGAGAGGUUGAGGGACGAGAGAGAGGACGAGUGGGGGCAACGAGCUUUUCAGCUGGAGAGAACGCAGAGAGAAAGUAGUUCACAGGAGAUCUCACAGCUUGUGGAUGAGGUGACAUGCCUCUCAGACUCUAAUUCUGAGGAGCACUCCAUUAGCUCCUACACUUCUGAGUCCUUUGAUGACAACGAUUCUAUAGUGACGGUCAUACGUCUGGUAAAUGACACUGUGGAUAAUAUUGAGAGUGAAGUGUCGAACAUGGACAAAGAACAGCGGCGGAGCAGCCCUGCGAGUCGUCAUUUGCAGAGCAAAGAUGAGAUUUGUGUAGAGUACAUGGUGGAUUCGUACCACUGGGAGUCUUCCGGUCAGACCUCAAGCUGGUUGUCACCUUCACGUCUGCGCCCACAAGAGUCUGGAUCCAAUUUCGACCUGAGUGACACCCAGCAGAACAUCCGACGAGGAGGCAGCAUGCGGUCCCUCCAGCUGGACUACAGCCUGAGGGGCUUCAGCGGAGACCGGGCCCGAGAGAGGGUACAAGAAACUGAGAAGAGGGCCUUCCAGUGGGAGAGGAACCAGUCAGGUGAGUGGGAGAGGAGAUGUGUCCUGGACAAAGAAGAAUCCAGAAGUCCCGAAGAGGACGGUAAAAGAGGGGUGAGCCAGGAUCACACAGACCUUCUGCAGACCUUCAGCCACGACAGAUGUGAGGACUCGCCUGUUUACGAGGAAUACCAAGAUUCAAGCCACAACCAGGAGGAAGGGGAAGACUCAGAGAGCCUUUAUGACACUUUACCCCCAACCAGAGCAGCAUAUGAAGGCUACCCGUCCAGCCCCCCCGGCAUCAACCUGCACCCUGCUCAGCUCUUGCCCCCCCUCAGGGCAUGGGACCUACAGGGAGGGGAGUGGAGGGAAUCGCAGGAAGACCAGGAAGAGCUCGGCUCUAACAGUCUGACAGGUUCUGGGGAUGAGCUGGAGAGACUACUGAACCUGGUGUCGCUCAGAGCCAGGAGAGCCACUCGAGUAAACCGAAACUCGACUAGAUCUGAACCUACAGACUGGGAGGGGUUCCAAUAAGCACACAAGACUGUAAAAACCCAAUAGACUUAAUAUUUCUUGAUUAAUUAGACAGAUACAGAGACCCUCUGUGAUUAAAUACCACACUGCUGGUCCACAACCUUCAAAAUAAUUAAAGGAGAAUAUUACCAUAUAUACUUUUAUUAUCCCACAUUAUUAUCCGGCUGUAAGCAAACACUAAUCCCCCACCAAUCCCCCCUGCUCAUUUAUAAUCAGGAGCAAUGAGAGGAAAUAUGCUUUUUCUCCUGACGCCUCUACCUGUGCUGCAUGAGAGUUAGCAGAGAUUGGCUGGGAAUCAAUGCUAUUACAUUUAAUAUUUAUGGAACCAGCGGAGCGCAGCAUUUAUUAACAUCGGAAUAUGAAACGAGCCAGCUUCUCUCUGUUUUAGACGCUGUAUGUACAUAUGUUAUUGUGCAUUUCAUACCUCAUUCCUUUGACGCACACAAUCAUUUUGUUUGCUCGACCGUGUAAUGCGUUUCUCAUUUUUAUUGACAUGAUACACGGGGCUUUGAAGAGAACACAAGUCCCAGACAUAACCUCAGAGAUGCUAUUAAGAUGACCAUUAAAAUACUUGGAGUUCAUUUCUUUCUUUUAUUUGUUUAAUUAUAACAACAUUUUAUUGGUUAGGUGGCUGCAUAACAAAAGCAUCAGGGGAAUAUACCUCAUAUAAUUUCAAUUUAAUUCAGUCCUUAGGUUCUACUAUAUACUUUUAUGUCAUCAUAACUCAUGCCAGUUCACGUAUGGACAGAAAUAUGGUAUGCCCCUCAAUGUACAUUGUAAUCACCAAGGCCAUGCUACAAACUGAAUUAAGCCCACUUUAACCCCGGUAUUUACAUGGGAUAUGAAUUUUCAGACUUUAUGUGCUAAAAGGCUUAGAGAAUUAUGUGGAAACACAGCCGUGAAGUGCAAAAGCACUCACCCGAGAGGUGUACACACAUGGUCCCCACACUGAUAACACAGUGUAAAUGCUGCUGUGAUCCCAGUCCACACACAACAGAGCAGACUUCCACUCUAAUGUCAACCAGCUUUGAAACAAAGGACAAACAUGCAAUGGUUAACUUGGACUAUUUGAUGAUCUUUCUUCUGUUUUUAUAACAACAUUACAGAACAGUUGUGCCAGACUUAUCAAGUAUCCCCCUUUGUGUUUCAUUUUGAAAAGACCAGAAAAACAAUGACAUAACCACUUACAGUGCAAUGAAGAGAAAAACAUUCCAGUCUUAACCCAAGGACGUAAACAGCAAACAAUAAAUGCAGCUAACUGUUAUGCGCUGCUGAAGGACAGAGUAGAUAUUAUUAUGUGUCAGACAGUGCAUACUGUAUAAGCCUCUUAAUGAAGAUGUAACCCUGUAAACAAAGGUAGCUCUUAAGACUGACAGAGAUUCAAGGACAAAAAUACCAAUAAAAACUCUUUAAAGACAUCAGUAGCUUUUGUUGUGUGAGUGGACAUUUUUUUGCUAAAUAAAAAUUGGUUGGGGGGGGGAGUAGUUUUUCAUUAUAAGUGAAGAGAAUUUUAUUCUGAAGGAAGUGUUCACAUAAAUUCUUUGAAAGUGAUGAAAAAAAAAAAAAACUAGCUGCAUACUAACCAACAGGUCUCAACAUGGUCCUGAUCAGAGUUACCAGAUGUAUCCAGCCUCACAUUGGGAUUCCCAUUUAUCCAUUACCCCUUUUUCCUAUUCCUGUCCGGGUGUACCCUCUAAGUGGGUUUGCUGUGAGGACAGCUCUGUUAACAAGGAGAGACACAUCCCCUAAAGGUCAGACUAACACAUGACAGGAACACAUUCACACGUUUGGGCACUUUAUGGUUUCUAGCCAACAUGGUGGGACUGUGGAAAAACCAACUGAUUACUGUGAG